AUGCCGAGCUCCUGUAAAGAUAUCCGGCAAGCUCUGGCCCAAUGUCUCCAGGAGUCGGACUGCAUUAUGGUCCAGCGGAACUCUCCGCGAGACUGUCUGAACCCGCCUCACCUCGAGCAGCUGCCGAUUCAAUGCCAGCAGCUCCGAAAGGGUUUGGGUGAAUGCAAGCGCGGCCUGGUGGACAUGCGCAAGCGUUUCCGAGGGAACCAACCCGUUUCGAUAUCCAAGGAGAAGGAUGUGUCGACCGGCGAGGUCAUUGAGAAGAGGACGCCGGUCCCUCAGCUGUAUGCGGGGAAGCCAGUCGUUCAGUCGGUAAAGGAGACUAGCGGCAAUGAAGGUGUCAUGGAUCCGGAGAAGACAAGAGGGCUAUAA